ACCACGCGAGCUCUUCUCCCUCUCCCUUCUCUCGCCCGCUCGCCGUCGCGGUAUACACACAGGCAAAGCAAGCGCGGCGAGAGAGAAGUCUCCCCGCCGGGAAGCCCGUUCACACCGGUGAUUGGGUUGUGGCCUCGGAGCAAUUAAAGCUCCCUCCUGGGUCAACCCAGCUCCUCUGCGUAGGGAAGGGAAGAGGAGACGAGAGGAGGGGAGUAGUAUCGCCGCUACCACUGUUUCUCUGUUUCGCCUGCCAAACUUUCCGAGAAGAGGAGCAGCGGCUGGGGAGGAAAAGGGAGCGAAGCGAGGAGGGCGGAGGAAACACGACGGGGGAGAAAGCGUCCAGGGAGGUCUAGAAGACUAGAACUAGAUAGACGACGGGUGGAAGGGGAGAAAGGCACACCAGACGAAAUAUUAGAGGACACAAUUGACAAGCAGAGUGAUUCGGUUCUACAGCAUCCUGAUAAAUUGCGCUUUGUGUGAUGUUCUGGACGUUUCUUGGCUCAUGGCGAGUGCAAACACCGGAGGUAUACGUCUGGUGAGAUGCCCAAAAUGUUAUAACAUUCUCCCAGAGCCUCCCAAUGUUACAGUCUACGAGUGUGGCGGCUGUAACACCAUACUUCGAGCUAAAAUACGUGUCAGCAAUGCACAAAAUGUAGCCACAAAACAAGUCCGGCAUGACUCUGACGAUUUUUCAGUCGCUACCACCGCCAGCAAUGGAGGCCCCCCUCAAAACAGGGAGCUUGCUUUCAGUGGUGCCACCAUGGACAGUUCCUGCGCACCUGAAGCUCCGACCACCGAGACAGAGCACGACAACAAUGGCGUGAGCAGCAGGGAGAACGGCCAUGCUAUGUCAGUUGAGAAGAAUGCUUCUGAAGUUGCAGAUACUGACAGUAAGGAAAACUGCAAUUUGGAUGGCCAGAACACCAGUGGAAGGAUCGAAGUUCCUUCUGAAGAAGUACUCCCCAACGUGAAUAACAUGGACAUCGAUUCCGACAAAGAGGAAACCGAUAAUUUGGAAGGAGUUGCAGAGAAUCAAGAGGAUCGCAGAGUAACCGGAGGCGAUGAUAUGGAAUGCAGCCUGGAUGCUGCACCCGAGCACGAAGUGCCCUUACCUCACGAGAGCAAGCCAAACUCUGAGCUGAAGGAAGCAACUGAAAACGAAGAUGAGGCAAGCAAGAAACGUUUUUUCGCGAGGGCGCCAUCUCGGUCCUGCGAUCUCCGAGAAUCGCAUCGCGCGUCGGCUGGCAGCUCACUUGAUUUCCACUCUGCCAGGACCUCGCUCCAGUCCAAGAGCUUCAGGGCAAGUGAGCCCCUCCAAUCAAAGAUCAUGAAGACGGUGGAUGAGCUGAGAGGCGACCUCUCUGAAUUUUUCAGCAAACCUGAAGAAGAUGACUGCAACCCCAAGACAGCAGCAUACCCUCCUCGGCCUUCAGACCAAGACGGCUACAAGCCUCGUGCACCCAUCACGGCCAGUGUGCCUCUCACGGCUUACCACCCUGCGGCUAAGCAUUCUGGCCAUGUAGCUCGCCUGAGCAGGUCAGGCCAGGUCCCUCUUCCUCCACGUCGUGAGCUUUCCUCGCUGCGGUAUCGCCGGCGGCGCAGGGCCUACGCGUGCUGCCACAGCGAGCAGAUGGAGAUGAUGAGGCCCCGCGCCCCCUGUGCCCAUGACUGCUGCCAUAGCUGCCGGCCACCCUGUCGUCACCACGGGUCAUGGAAGAACCAAGACGACGCCGCGGUGCAGAGGCCGCCGGUUCAGGAGAUGAAGCGCCGGCUUCCCCCCAGGCACCACUGCCUACCGGUGCUGCGAGGCGCGCCGUUCGUCGUCUGCUCCAGCUGCAACCGGCUGGUCCAGCUGCCCACCGACUUCGCCGUCCCGAGCAAAGGCACACGCAGGCUGAAGUGCGGCUCCUGCUCGGAGAUCCUCUCCUACUCGUACAGAGACCCGGCCAAGAAGAAGCUCCAGUCCCCGUCCGGCGACGAGGAGUACCAGUACAGCACCGACGACUACGAGAUCCAGCAGGGAGCCGACCACAGGACCACUGGCUACAACGAGGCCGAGCCGUUCUCGUACUCGGAGGAGUACGGCGUGAGCUACUCCACCGAGGACGAGCAGCCCCUGCACGUGUCGAGGAACUCGUCGUUCGACACCGUCGACGAGAGGAACGCCAAGCUGCACCGGCUGAUGGGGUACUCGUCGGCAAGCGAGCUGCUGCUGCGGCGGCGCUCUCCCGACCUCUACGAGAGCUUCGUAGAACGAGCUCCGGCUGCAAGAACGGAUGGCGGGAAGGGGAAAGCCAUCUGCGUGGCUGACGAAGAUGACAACUCUAGUGCGAUGAAGCGGUCGAAGGUGAGAGGUGGCGGCUUGCCACUCCAUGGAAUUCUCAAGAGGGGGAUCCAUGGACUAGAAUCCCUGAAGCUCAGGUCAUAGACUCAUAGUGAGUAAGUACGACUCUGUUUUUGAGAAUUAAUUUUGGCCAUUUUAGAGAAGUUGGCAUACACAUGGGAGGCAGUGGGAUUCUGACAGUGGUUAGCACGCUAAUAGGUGUGAUACGUUUGUCGUUCGUUCGUUUUGUGUACAAGAUUGGUCUGUUGGCAAUUUUGUGUGCUUUUUGUUUGUGGUGCGUGAUUUGCAAUGUGUUGUUGAUUGUAUGGGCUACGACCUAUGUGUAAUUAGCUGUUGAACUGUCGAGUUUUUAUCUUGGCAGAGGAGAUUCUCUUCUGAAGUUUCAAGAUUUUUCAUUUGUGAAUCUUGCCUCUGGUUGAAAUGGAAAAGG